AUGAAUUUGAAGCCGUACGAAGUGGAACGAAUUUGUGGAGUUCUAAGCCAAAUUCUGAAUGGGUCGCAAGAAGAAGAAGAUCGAAAAGCCUUGGUGUUGGUGCACAAAGAAACGAUCGACAAGAUUCCGGGUGCUGUUCCCGGAAGGGAUUCAUCACAGAUGGAGAUUUAUGGUAUGCAGGGUAUACCACCCGGAACAACUAGAGGAGAUGAGGAACCUGAGGCUAAACGAGAUCGUAAGGACGACGUUCCCCCUAUGCCACCUGGACCAAUGCCGACAAUGCCACCAAUGAUGUCUGGGAUGCCACCUUUUCCACCAUUCCCUAUGAUGCCAGGAAUGCCACCAAUUGUACCUCAUGGAAUCCACGGAAUGCCACCCUUUAUGCCUCCGCCUCCUGGAAUGGGAAUGCCCCCGGUACCUCCAUUCGGAAUGCCGGCUCCUCCGCCAAUGUCUACAUCGUCGGUUGCAUCUUCCAACCAAACUACUUUGCCGACAUCUAAAAUUGGACCAAUGCCUGAUAGUGGACGAGACGAAUCUAGAGGAGACUAUGAUUCAGAUUAUAGGAGCGCUCCUGAUUAUAACAGGGGCACGCGUGAAGACGGAUAUGAUUAUGAGGGUCUAGGAGAUCGGUUUGGUUCUGAUGAGUACCGAGGGGGAGUCCACAAAAACGAUUUUAGAAAUCAGAGAGAUGAUUACAACAGAGGUGUUCCUCCCAAUUCGAGGGACGAAUAUGGAGCGCGAACUGCCGCUCCCAACGAAUACAGCAGGGACGACCUGGAACGAGUUGACAGUUAUGCACAUGCUCCUCAUUCUAGGCCGGAUUUCAACGGUCGCGUUGGUCCAUCACACGACAAUAACCUCAGCCGUGAUUUCUCAAGAGAAAUGCAACCGCAAAAUGAUGAAUAUGGCAGAGGAUUAGGGUCUCGCUUUGAUCGUCGUCCGGAUGAACGUGCAGAAAGAGGAGCAGGGGAUCCUUAUGGUGGUGCAAUGUAUAAUGGAAAUGGAGUUGGUACUCAUUCAUCUGUGUUGAACUCUUCUGCCGCAGCAGUUGCGAACAAAUUGGGGGCAAAAACACGUAUUAUUCAUCCUGAUGAUCAUCAAACUACGUCUUUAGAAGAGCGUCGGGCAAUGAUGAUUUCUGUCAGGGGCCAAUACCAUUAA